UCUGGCAGCUUGGACCUAUGAGUGCGCAGCUCGACUUACAACCAUCAACAGCCCGGGAGGUGAGCGCGUGCGAGCGCCGAGGGGGGCGCAGGACCCUCGCCACUUAUACGCAGGACCCCAGCGGGCUGCCGGAGUCCGCUGCCACCGGACGGCCGCGCGCUCACGCCUCCUCUCCCUGGGGGCCGUCCUGCCACCCCGACGAGAUGCCCGCAGCCAUGCUCCCCUACGCUUGCGUCCUGGUGCUUCUGGGAGCCCACUCUGCAGAGGCAGCCGGGAUGGCAGGGGGUAGCCGCCUGCGCUGGGGACCACACUGCCAGCAGCUCCUGCCCAACAGAGCGCCCGUCACCGCACUGCUGCCCCCACGCCUGGAUGGGCCCUGGAUCUCCACUGGCUGCGAGGUGCGCCCGGGACCCGAGUUCCUCACCCGCUCCUACACCUUCUACCCCAACCGCCUCUUCCGCGCCUACCACUUCUACUACAGGGACCCCUCGUGCCGGGAGCCCGCCCACUCACUGCUCAUCAAGGGCAAGGUGCGCCUGCGCCGCGCCUCCUGGGUCACCCGGGGCGCCACCGAGGCCGACUACUACCUGCACAAGGUGGGCAUCGUCUUCCACAGCCGCCGCGCCCUGCUCGACGUGGCCGGGCGCCUGGACCAGAGCCCGGCCAGCCGGGCCUGCGCGCGCCGCCUGCCCGCCGCCCGGGCCUGGCUGCCGGGGGCCCUGUACGAGCUGCUGGGCGCCGGGGCUGAGCGGGACUGCGCGGCUGCCCUGGGCUUCACCAUGCACGAGCUCAGCCUGGUCCGCGUGCAGCGCCGCCUGCAGCCCGAGCCCCGGGCCGCGCCCCGGCUGGUGGAGGAGCUCUACCUGGGGGACAUCCACACCGACCGGGCCGAGCGGCGGCACUACCGGCCCACCGGCUACCAGCGCCCGCUGCAGAGCGCCCUGCACCACGCCCGCCCCUGCCCGGCCUGCAGCCUCAUCGCCCGCUCCGACGAGCACCACCCACCCGUGCUGCCCCGCCAGGCGGCCCUGCCCCUGCGCCUGGGCGGCCGCUGGGUCAGCCCCGGGUGCGAGGUGCGCCCCGCCGUGCUCUUCCUCACCAGGUUCUUCACCUUCCACGCGCACAACCGCUCCUGGGAAGGGUAUUACCACCACUUCUCGGACCCCACCUGCCGGCAGCCCACCUUCACCGUUUAUGCCGCCGGCCGCUACACCAAGGGCACGCCGUCGGCCAAGGUUCGUGGCGGCACCGAGCUGGUGUUCCAGGUCACGCGAGCCCGCGUCACCCCCAUGGACCGGGUCACCACGGCCAUGCUCAACUACUCCGAGCCGAGCAGCUGUGGCGGCCCGGGGGCCUGGUACCUGGGAGCCGAGCGGGACGUCACGGCCACCAACGGGUGCCUGCCGCUGGGCAUCAGGCUGCCCCACGUGGAGUACGAGCUCUUCAGGAUGGAGCAGGACCCCCUCGGGCAAAGCCUGCUCUUCAUCGGACAGAGGCCCACGGACGGCUCCAGUCCCGACACCCCGGAGAAGAGGCCCACGUCCUACCAAGCCCCCCUGGUGCUCUGUGACAGGGUGGCCUGGGGCUUCUCCAGGCCUCUGCUGCAGACGCCCGUCGGCGGUGGGGGGCUGGGUCCCCCAGCGGCCCCUCUCCCCUUCCUGCUCCUGGUUCUCGGGCUGGCCUUCCUCCAGUGGCUGUGAAAUUGGUCUCUGACUUCCAGACGGUGCCUCAGGACACCCGUCCGACCCCGUGGACUCCCUGCUGGCACAGACCCCCUCCACCCGUGACUGCCCUGGACAGUUACACAGCCCGGCCUGCGUCCCAAGUGGCUCAGCACCUGAGUUUCGACAGCACCUGCAGAGUCUACACCAUGGCCAGCAACUCGAAUCAUGACCACAAACUCGGGCAUCGCAGCAACGUCAACGGCUCCGAGUUCCUAAGCGCUCACUCCCGACUCCCCUGGGCAGCGCGCGGGCCGGCGCCGGGGAGUGGACCUCACCCGUCUCCCUGCCCGACGGCACCCCAGUUCCCUCCCUGAGCCCCUGAGAUUCAGUGAAAUGGAAACACAGUUCUGCACGCGCGGGCUGCCACUGCUCUGCUGAGUCUGUGGGUUGUUGUUUAAAGAUUAUUAAUUCGGAUUUAGCAAUACAAACUGAAACCCGAGCCAUGAAUUAAAGAUGCUGCUUCGGGCUUUCAGCACGUCUCAGCUUGCUGGCAGGGGGCUCGUCUCUAUGGGGGCAACUCGGCUUUCUUGAGUCGUGACUGCUGGCGUUUUGUCUGCGCCUGCCUAUGCUCCUGUGAGUCAGGCCUCGAGCUGUCAACACCACGAGCGGGUAAAUCCAGCCCUCCCGGGGCCAGCAAGCAAAUAAAGGCGGCCCCAUCCACACCAAACCCCAGCAUGUGGGGCUGGCGGCCGGGGUCAGGUCUUUGGAGGAAAGCAGCGUUUCCAGCCUUUGGAAAGUAAUUAAUACUAAUGACAGCGGUGACACUAAUGUGCUCUGUAAUUAGCCCUGCACAGGCGUCCUCUGUUUUCAAGAUUCCCUGUGCUUGGCUGACAAGGAGGGAGAGAAACCUCCGACGCGUCUUUGGGACCAUCCUAGGGUCAGCGGGCUACCCGGCCACAUGUGGAGGAGGAGGGAGAAGAGGGCCACACCUCACCCAGCCGGCUCGCUGCAGUGCUGAUGUGCUGACAUUCCCUGCUCAGAGGGGGCUGUCACCAAGGUGGGGACAGGCUGUGCCUCGCCAGGGACCCUGCCUGUGUUCCCAGGGCCUCGUCUGUACACUGUGAAAUUACCUGGCAUCCUGGUGGGCUCAAGGGUUUCUGGGAUGCUGUGCCGACGAUUCACGCCCUCCUUCCUCUGCCCGAACCCUGUCUCUGGCUCUUAUCACAGAUCUUGAACAACAACUGUCUCUGAGGCUAAUGGUGCUUUCAGAGGGAAGCCCUUGUCCUCUGUUCGGCUGUGUGGGGUUCAAUCAACCCGCUGAAAUUGCCCUAACUUAUCUACACAGCCUUCUUAAACAAAACAAAACAAAACAAAAAACCCACCGAGUUAAUAUUCUCUGUAGGUCUCAGAGAGCUAUGAGUGUUCGUGGCAUAUUUACCAAAGUACAAGAAAUAAUUAGAUUAUUUACAGUCUCAGACUGC